UGCUGCUGCUGGUGGCAGCGUUUCCUCCUGCUGGAAGAUGAUGAAUACAUGAGGAGAGAGGCUCUGAGCCGGCUUCUCUGCUGCGGGAGUGUCUCUCCCUCCCUCUCUCUCCCUCUCCCCUCUCCCUGCUCCUGUGUGAGUGUGUGUUUGGCUCCCCGGCUGUGUGUGCAUCUACACUGUGUAUAUAUAUCUGAGCUGGGAGGUUAUUGCAAGCUUCUCUCAGCAGCGCUGCUCUGUGCAGGAAGAAGGGCUCAGCUGCAGUGGUAGCAUCAACAGCAGCAUUAGCAGCACCAACAGCUUUUUCCGCCUUUUCCCUUCCCUUCAUCUCCAUCUCCCUUUCCCUGCCUCCCCCCUCGUCUUUUUGGAGAUUGCUUUUUUAAUUUUUCUUUUUCUCUUCUACAGUCCUUGUUAUUUGAUACUUCGUGGCUUUUUUUUUUUUUUUUUUUUUUUUUCCUUCCUCUGAGAAGGAGGCACACACACAGAAACACAGAGAAAUAAGGGAAAGAAAAGUACCGGGACUUACUCUGCUGCUGCAAACCCAGAGAUAGCAGACGAAGAGGGGGGUUGGCUUGUACCCCAAGGUAAAGCCCUGCCCCCUUUACCUCCUCGACACCUCCUCCGAGAAAGAAAAGGAGAGAGAGAGAAGGGGCCAAAGUGGAGAAAAGCAGGUCUUCUGCGGCUGGCAUUUGGAGUACGGGGAGCCAGGAAGUGAAGGAUGGUUGUGGUUACCCGAGCUGGCUGCAGGGCAGCUCUCUUCCUCUGGAUUUUCAGCAGCAUUAGCUGCAGAGCCAGGACUGCUCUGCCUGCAUCUCAAAAGUGUGAUGAACCUCUGGUCUCAGCAUUACCUCACUCCUCCUUCAGCAGUUCAUCAUCUAUGACAAGCAGCUAUGUGCCAGGAUAUGCCAAGUUAAACAAGAGAGGAGGUGCAGGAGGUUGGUCUCCAUCCGACAGCGACCAUUACCAAUGGCUGCAGGUGGAUUUUGGGAACAGGAAGCAGAUCAGUGCUAUUGCGACUCAGGGCAGGUAUAGCAGUUCUGACUGGGUCACUCAGUAUCGGAUGCUCUACAGCGAUACAGGGAGAAACUGGAAACCAUACCACCAGGAUGGAAAUAUCUGGGCAUUUCCUGGAAAUACAAACUCUGAUAGUGUGGUCCGGCAUGAUUUACAACAUCCAGUUAUUGCUCGCUAUAUACGGAUAGUUCCUUUGGACUGGAAUGGUGAGGGCCAAAUUGGUUUAAGAAUUGAAGUCUACGGCUGCUCCUAUUGGGCUGAUGUUAUAAAUUUUGAUGGCCAUGUAGUGCUACCAUACAGAUUCAGGAACAAGAAAAUGAAAACAUUGAAAGAUGUCAUCUCUCUGAAAUUUAAAACCUCUGAAAGCGAAGGUGUAAUCUUCCACGGAGAAGGACAGCAAGGAGACUAUAUCACCUUGGAACUGAAGAAAGCCAAACUUGUUCUAAGUUUAAAUUUAGGCAGCAACCAGCUUGGCUCUAUUUAUGGCCACACAUCUGUGAUGACAGGCAGCCUCUUAGACGAUCACCACUGGCACUCCAUCAUCAUAGAGCGCCACGGGAGAAACAUCAAUCUCACCCUGGACAGACACAUGCAGCAUUUCAGAACCAAUGGAGAAUUUGAUUACUUGGACCUGGAUUAUGAGAUAACCUUUGGAGGCAUGCCUUUUUCUGGAAAGCCAAGUUCUAACAGUCGGAAAAAUUUCAAAGGCUGCAUGGAGAGCAUCAACUACAAUGGCAAUAAUAUCACUGACCUUGCCAAGAGGAAGAAAUUGGAACCUUCUAAUGUGGGAAAUUUAAGUUUUUCUUGUGUGGAGCCACAGACAGUGCCUGUCUUUUUCAAUGCCACCAGUUACCUUGAGGUUCCUGGUCGUCCAAGCCAGGAUCUGUUUUCAGUCAGUUUCCUUUUCCGAACCUGGAACCCCAAUGGACUUCUUGUCUUCAGCAACUUUGCAGAUGACCUGGGGAAUGUUGAGAUUGACACGAGUGAGGGCAAAGUCAGCGUCCAUAUCAAUGUCACCCAAGUGAAGAAGAACCGAAUAGACAUCUCAUCAGGCUCUGGUCUCAAUGACGGGCAGUGGCAUGAAGUCCGAUUCCUAGCUAAGGAAAAUUUUGCUGUCCUUACCAUUGAUGGUGAUGAAGCUUCAGCUGUUCGAACAAACAGCCCUCUACAAGUUAAGACUGGAGAGAAGUAUUACUUUGGAGGGGUUCCUAUACAGAUGAAUGACUCGGAUCACUCGCUAUUUCAGCAUUCAUUUCAAGGAUGCAUGCAGUUUAUUCACGUGGAUGAUCAGCUGGUGGAUUUGCACGCAGUGGAGCAAGGGCAGCUGGGAAGCUUUGCCAAUGUUACCAUUGACAUGUGUGCCAUUAUUGACAGGUGUGUGCCCAAUCACUGUGAACACGGUGGCAAAUGCACCCAGACGUGGGACAGCUUCAAGUGCACUUGCGAUGGAACUGGAUACAGUGGCGCCACUUGUCAUAACUCUAUUUAUGAACUCUCUUGUGAAGCAUACAAACACUUGGGCAAAACUUCAAAUUACUACUGGAUAGAUCCAGAUGGCAGUGGGGCACUGGGACCUUUGAAAGUUUACUGCAACAUGACAGAGGAUAAAGUAUGGACAACUGUGUACCACGAUCUGCAAAUGCAGACUUCUGUAGGAGGUAACAGCCCGGAGAAGUUAUCUGUACUGCAGCUCAACUACAGUGCAACAAUGGACCAGAUUUCUGCCAUUACCAGUAGUGCUGAAUACUGCGAGCAGUUUAUCUCCUAUUCUUGCAAGAUGUCGCGGCUGCUGAAUACACCAGAAGGGAAUCCAUAUACCUGGUGGGUUGGAAAAGCCAACGAGAAGCACUACUACUGGGGCGGAUCUGGACCUGGCAUUCAAAAAUGUGCUUGCGGCAUCGAACGUAACUGUACUGAUCCCAAGUACUACUGCAACUGUGAUGCUGAUUAUAAGCAAUGGAGAAAAGACACCGGGAUGUUGUCAUACAAAGAGCACCUACCAGUGAGUCAGGUAGUGGUUGGAGACGUUGACCGGCCUGGGUCUGAAGCCAAGAUAUCUGUGGGUCCUGUGCGUUGUCAAGGAGAUCGGAAUUACUGGAACGCAGCUUCUUUUGUUACUUCGUCAUCCUACCUUCACUUCUCCACCUUCCAAGGGGAAACCAGCGCAGACAUCUCUUUCUAUUUCAAAACAUCGGCCUCAGAUGGGGUGUUUCUUGAGAAUCUGGGGAACACUGACUUCAUCAAACUGGAGCUGAAAUCUGCUACGGAGGUUUCCUUUUCAUUCGAUGUUGGAAAUGGGCCCGUGGAAAUUGUCGUUAGAUCUCCCAACCAGCUCAAUGACGACCAGUGGCAUCGGGUUAAUGCUGAGAGGAAUGUCAAACAGGCCAGCCUGCAGGUAGACCAGUUACCCCUGGAGGUCCGGAAAGCACCAACAGAAGGACACACGCGACUGGAAUUGUACAGCCAGCUCUAUGUUGGUGCUGCAGGAGGCCAGCGAGGCUUCCUAGGUUGCAUUCGUUCGUUAAGGAUGAACGGGGUGACGCUGGACCUGGAAGAGAGAGCGAAAGUCACACCAGGAGUGAAGCCUGGCUGCUCUGGUCAUUGCACGAGCUAUGGGAUGUACUGCGCAAAUGGUGGUAAAUGUGUCGAGAAAUACAAUGGCUACUCCUGUGACUGCUCCAAAACUGCCUACGAUGGACCAUUUUGCAUUAAAGAUGUUGGUGCCUUUUUUGAAGAGGGAAUGUGGCUUCGUUACAACUUCCACUCCCCAGGGACUAGCAUGAAGGAUUUAGUUAGCCGAACGCUUUUGAGUUCUACAGAUCCUGAGACCACAGCGCCCGACCUCAACUUGAAUAAAGAAGAGCUCAGCUUCAGCUUCAGUACCACCAAGUCACCUUGUGUCCUGUUGUACAUCAGCUCCUACACCCAGGACUUCAUGGCUGUGCUUGUCAAGCCGUCUGGGAAUCUGCAAAUUCGGUACAGCCUGGGAGGCACCAAAGAGCCAUAUAACAUUGAUGUUGACCACAGAAACAUGGCUAAUGGACAGCCCCAUACAGUUAACAUCACACGGAAUGGACGGGACAUCGUACUGCAGCUUGAUCACUAUCCUCCAACAAGUUACAGCCUGCCAACAGCAUCUGACAUUGAGUUCAAUUCCCCAAAGGCACUAUUCCUAGGAAAAGUUAUAGAAAUUGGGAAGAUUGACCAAGACAUAUAUAAAUACAACACCCCAGGAUUCACUGGCUGCCUAUCGAGAGUACAGUUCAACCAGAUUGCUCCACUCAAAGCAGCUCUGAGACCUACCAACGCCUCCUCUCACGUCCACAUCCAAGGAGAACUAGUGGAAUCCAACUGCGGAGCAUCUCCACUCACCAUCCCACCAAUGUCGGCCGCCACCGACCCAUGGCACUUAGACUCAGCCAGUGCUGAUUUCCCAUACAACGGUCAAGCUAUAGGAGAUGGAGUUAACAGAAACUCUGCCAUUAUUGGAGGUGUCAUCGCAGUGGUGAUCUUCACCAUCCUCUGCACCUUGGUGUUCCUGAUCCGCUACAUGUUUCGCCACAAGGGAACCUACCACACCAACGAGGCCAAAGGGGCAGAGUCAGCUGAGAGUGCCGAUGCUGCCAUCAUGAACAAUGACCCCAACUUCACGGAGACCAUCGACGAGAGCAAGAAGGAAUGGCUUAUCUAAGCCUACGGGGAUGGGGCCUGGGGUGGGAUAUGAGCUGGGCCAGGGUGGAACUGGGAUGACUCUUACAGUGGGGAGAGAACACUCUGUGUCGGACACUUGAGCACAUGUACGGUAAAAAGAUCAGCACAAGUGGAGGAGCAAGUGACAGGAAAAUACCACUGAGACUGGAGGAAAAAAAAGAAUAUCUCAAGCAUUUAAGAAAAAAUACUUUUUAAUAUUUAUUUACAGCAAAUUGCCCCUUCUGUAUCCAAACAACUACAACAAAGAGCAGUGUUGCAGCUUCAGCAUUGGUUAAAAUUUUCAGUAAUACCUGUCUAUUUAUGUGUGUGUUUAGAGGAAAUGAGAAAUGGGGCUGGUUUUUUACAUUUUUUAAAAGCUGUUUAAAACAUGGGUAGUUCUGUCCUGAGAACAAGUGGCAGACUUUUCUUCCCAGCAUUGUGUUCCUUCAUGGCUGGCCAUUUCCCCACAGGCUGCCCUCAGCCCUGCACCUUGACCAUAUCACCGUUCAUUUUGGUGGCGUUGAACCAGGGGUUCAGGGCUGGGGGUGGGACAGGAGCGUGAGGAUUUAUGCAAGUCAUACUCACCAGUUUUUCAGCAUGUCAUCAGCCUGUGCCAACCCUGGCAGGAUCCAUCUUGACCCAGGCACUUUGUUGAUUGCAUACAAUUCUAAUCAGCAAUGUAAAAAUACUGUUAUUAUGACUACUACUGCUACCAGAGAGGAUGAUCAUAAAGCACAGGAAGCUUUGGGGUUUUUUUUCUUACUAUUAUUUUGUUGGUCUCUGAGGGAGGAUGAUGCUGUGUGAGUCUUUGACCUAGUUUGUUCCUGUGUCUUUGGCUAUGGCACUGGUGACCCAAGGCAUGUGCCAGUUUAAACUCAGCUCUACCUGUGGCAUAUUGGCAUAUACUGUACUUAGGUGUAAGCAUUGUAGUAGGGAAUUAGAGCCAGGCUUUGUUUGCUUCUGUUUCUUUUUUAUAGGCUGUCGCAGAAAUAUUCGUACAGCUCUAGUCAAUGCAUUUGAACCCACGGGCUUCAAAUAAUACUUUUUUUCAACUCUAGCAUAGCAAUUUAUUCUUUAAAUCCUUUGUUUCAGUCCAUUUGUAAGGAAAGCCUCUGCUGGCAGUGUUUGCACAGGCAGGAAGGUGAGGCAAAGGAGGCUUGGAAACUCUGCCCAGAGAGCGUGUGAGAAACACACAACGCACAGUGGAGAGUUACUUAAUACAGAGAUAUACCUGAAAUAUUUUGCUGUCUUUGUGAGGCAUUUUUAAGAAUAGCAAGGCCAAUGCCAAGUGCAGCAUUGCACCCCACAUCCCCUGUCAGGCCAGGGAAGUUAUAGGUGUCGCCUGAGAAGCAGUAAGGCAGCUUGUAGGAAAGGCAAAGGGGCAGCCUGAAGACCUAAUGUCCUUUGAUGGCAAUAACAUAGCUUUAGCUUGCUCUCUGUGGAGGAGCGUGGUUCUCCAGUGCUCUGAUUUGAUAGGAAUUUGAGGCCUUAAGGGACAGUUUUUGCAGUGGAACAGAAUGCAGGAAUGUAUUGCAGGGCAUUUGCUGUGUGCUGAAAGAAGAGCAACAAUACCAAGAAUUUCCCUUUAAAAGUAUUUAUGCUCGUGACAGUCUUGGAUUUGCUUUAUCUUUAACAUUGCUGGGCUUAGUAUGCAUAGAUUUAAUCAUUUUUCUGUUCAAGAAAGAUUUAUUUUUCACCCAAAUCUGCAAUCUACUACACUGAGCAGUGCUGGCAUCUUUAAUUUUGUUAUCUUUUUGGUUGUAUCUUUCAUUAUGCUAGUCAAUGCUUUAAAAUGAAGAAAAAAAUCACGGAGAAGGAAGAAAAUAUUGGAGUCUUACCAGACAAAAAGUUUAUAAGCAUAAUUUGUCAGACAGACAAGGCCAGAUAGUUUGGGUUUUAAGAACAGUAGCCUAAAAUCCUCUUCUGGAUAUAUUGAACAUAGAUAUCAGAGCAAAUCAAACACAUUGAUUUCUUCUGUUUCUGGAUUUGGAAUUAUCAUACAAAAAAGUUGCCAGUUUCAAAAUAAAUGACUGUUUCUCAGGUAACAUUAUAUGGCAGAGGGCAGGGAUAGGGGUAGGCAUAAAAAUCACCUCUGUCACUCUUGUGCUCUGCAGUCUUUUGCCUUGCCUCCAGUAUUAACCUCUCCCUCUCUUGUGUUUAAUCGAGCAGAUGAGUCCUUAUUCUUAUUUAAUCGUGUGUGUAAGAUAAGUCUCCACCCCUUGGAGAGUAUCAGCAUGGAAUGGAUCUAGGCUGCACCAGUAACUAACUAUUCCCCAAAAUACAUAGCAAUCAUGGAUGUCUUUGUAGGAUUGAAAAGGCAUUCUCUUCUCUAUAUUAUUUUAUGUUUAAUUUUAUUUUAAUGGUAUUUUAGUCCACUCUGAAAAGUAUCCUUGCCUAUAACUUCAGGUUACCAAGAGAAAUGACUAUAGCAUCAUUCGCAUAGAUUGGGAUUUGGUUUGCAGCAAAAAGUUACUCAUCUGAAUUUAAUAUCUGGGAGGAGGAUCAGAUUUAUGUAUCCUAAGAGACUGGAGUCUUCUGCUGCUUCAUGUGGGAGAGACAGACUUAGCAGCCACAGUGCAAAUUUGCCAAAUGCCUCAGGAUGGCACCUAAGGGGAAAGAUGGCUUGGUCUCUGUGCCUAACCGAGUCCUUGGCGAAGCUAGGGACAGUUGUCUGGGUUAUGGUAGCGAGGCCCAUGAUGUCUACUCACUGAUUUUCUAAAAGAUUACCAGCUAAUCUCCCACAACCCUGUAAGCAAGAAUAUCUGGAAAACAACCUUUGACCAUUGCACAAACAAUAGUUGUAAAUUAGUGUCUUAAAUUUGAAAACCAGGUUUUAAAUUUCUGAAAUCAAGAUGCAAGCAUCUGCAUCUCUCCACUGACUGGACACCGUGGAUCUAUUUAUGCGAAGUUCAUUAGUGCUGUAUUAAAAUGUUGAUAAUCUUCAAUCUUGUCAUUAUUUUUGUGACACAGUCACUUUCAUAACUCUAGAAACUCUUUUAAUUAUUAGAAUUCUUGUUUCUUCUUAAACUGGACCGUAAGUAUGAUAUUGUAGACUAGCAGCUGGUCUCUGUAUAGGCAUUUGGUGACUGUGGGUGAAUUCCCACCUGUCUGCUUUGUAUUUCAUUUUUGAGACUGGCAUAUGUUUAAUUACAGGCAGUGGUCAUUCAGCAGCCUCGUAGUGAAGCAGGAGCAGGCUUGGAGAAGUAGCGUGUAUAUUUUGCUAGCACUAUAUCUAUUGUUCCUCUGCAGGCGUAUUACGGAGGUUGAAGCAACAUCCAUAGUUUACUUCACCCACUCAUUUGUGCCAAAAAGCCAUGUUGUUUGCCAGGUACUAUCCAUAUGCCUGUACUGGGAAAAUCUGCUGGAGGGGAGAGUGAAUCAUGCUUUUAUAAAACUCUCUACUUUCCCCAAAGAAUAUUAAAAUAAUCAGUUUCUUAUCACCUCUUUUUAGCUGCUUCAGCUAUUUGAACUGUGCAGGAAAAUGUAGCGUCUCGUACUGGUUGGGGAACCGAAGUGUCCCAGUUCUGUUUCUAAAAGGCUCGUUCCUGAUUCCAUGGGAAUCGAUGGCAAAACUGCUGCCAGUGGUGGGGAGAGCAAGACUGGGCUGGGGACUAGCGCUCUCAGUGUUAGUGAAAUAUGUAAGCAAUAUUUCGGAUCCUCAUUCACAGCACAUGCAGAGCACAAGGUAAUGAGUUCUGGAGCUCCAAAGAGCCAAAAUGGUGGAAAACUAAUUUUGAUGUCAACCCAGCCUCGAGGGGAAAUCUGCAAUCUAGUCUGGUGGUUUUGAAUCAAGUCUUUCACACAGUGCUUAUUCCAUAUUGAUUGAUAGAAAAUUCAGAUGUAUUAAACAGGAAUAUGUAUCUUUAACUGGUACUGGAGCAUUUCCGCUUUGUAUUUUUCAUGUCUUAAACGUUACCUAUACCUUUUAUAUCUCUUCUAGCAGUUACCACUUCAAAGGUACGGCAGCAUUUUAAUGUCAUGCUCUAGGUAGCAUGAUGUAGGUGAAAGGAUGGUCAACAUAAAUAUUUUAGUAAGACUGCCAAACCAGUGGUGUAUAUGUACAAGUUUAUUGUAGUGACAAGAAUUCAGUUUAAGAGUCUAGUAAAUAAUUACAUUUUAAUAGCAGAUGCAUCUAAUUUCCAGGGUAUCUGUUGAAAUGUGAAGCUAUCUCAGUUUGACAAGCAAGAGUUUUUAAUAUGGUUUCUCCCUUGAACAAUUUUACAUUCCAGCAAGCAUGGUGAUCCUGAAAGGUUGUCAUUUUUGAAAAGUGGAACCUAAAUUCUGUUAAUCAGAUUUCAUUAUCCAUCCUAGAGAAAUGAAACGGAAACCUUGCCUUCUAAAAGCAACAGCAUGUAAACUGGAAUGAAAGGAGGACAACAUGUAUAUAUGCCUAAUAUCUUCUGUGAAUGUUUUUCCUUUUAACUAAAGUUCUAUUAGAAACCAGAUUGGUAAAUAAAAAAAAUAAAUAAACCCCAAACAAAUGAAAUACUAAAUAGUUUUAAUUACCUUAACAGCUGUUUCCUCAUGUUUUGUAUGUUCUGAUCAUUGUCUGUAUUUUUUUUCCUUCUCUAGUACCAGGAAAUCAGUUUG